UAUAUUCAGCAUGUAUUCUGUAUGUUAAGCAGUGCUGUCACCCCCGUUGGUAAGUUCAUCUAUAAAGCCUGUUCAACAGCGCCAUCUGCUGCAGUUGAAACUAAAGUGAGUUCCCUCGUGACUGCCCUCUUAUGCCUCUUCCUGACAACAAACAUGAAAACCUGUGUGACAAGUUUCAGCUAUUAGCCUCAGCCCAGCCCAUUCGCAAGGCAUAUGAAGCUCUGAGAAAAAAAUGUGUGGGAGGGGACACAAACAGAGAUACUGACGGAGCGGAAGACAACAACAUGACAAAAUUAAGGAAGUGAGAGUGUCAUGAGACCUCGGACUAGGUCUCCUUCCUUGGCUUUUGUUUCCUCUUCAGUUCACUUAAGUUCAGUGCUUUGGUCAUCAUUUCUUCCUUCCUGUCAUCCUCAGAUGAACUCCAUGAACAGUGUUAGCAGCUCAGAGGACAUCAAGCCUCCACCAGGGCUUCAAAACCUUGGUAACAUCAACUAUCAGUGCACGAGUCCUGGAGGCAUGUCCAAGCAUAUCUGCGCCAUCUGUGGAGAUCGCUCCUCAGGGAAACACUACGGUGUAUACAGCUGUGAGGGAUGUAAGGGCUUCUUCAAAAGAACAGUUCGCAAAGACCUGACCUACACCUGUCGAGACAACAAGGAGUGCCUCAUUGACAAACGCCAGCGAAACCGCUGCCAGUACUGUCGCUACCAGAAGUGCCUGGCGAUGGGGAUGAAGAGAGAAGGUGUGUGCACUGUGCAGGAGGAGAGGCAGCGCGGGAAAGAGCGAGGGGACAAUGAGGUGGAGUCUACGAGCUGUUUCAAUGAGGAAAUGCCUGUGGACAAGAUCUUGGACGCAGAGCUGGCUGUGGAGCCCAAAACAGAGCCAUACUCUGAAGGAGGCCCAGGCAACUCGACCAAUGACCCUGUCACAAAUAUUUGCCAAGCAGCAGAUAAGCAGCUCUUCACUUUGGUCGAGUGGGCCAAGAGGAUACCGCACUUCUCUGAACUCCCGCUGGAUGAUCAAGUCAUCUUACUUCGAGCAGGCUGGAACGAGCUCCUUAUAGCAUCUUUUUCGCAUCGCUCGGUCACAGUGAAAGACGGCAUACUUUUGGCCACAGGGCUCCAUGUGCACAGAAGCAGUGCCCACAGUGCGGGGGUCGGUUCUAUUUUUGACAGAGUUUUAACAGAGUUAGUUUCUAAAAUGAAAGACAUGCAGAUGGAUAAAACAGAGCUAGGAUGUCUACGAGCGAUUGUUCUCUUUAAUCCAGAUGCAAAGGGUCUUUCAAAUCCAUCUGAAGUAGAAGCACUGAGGGAAAAAGUGUAUGCUUCAUUAGAGUCAUAUACAAAACAAAAAUAUCCAGACCAGCCAGGCAGAUUUGCAAAACUCCUCUUGCGCCUCCCAGCUCUACGGUCUAUUGGCCUUAAAUGUCUGGAACAUUUGUUUUUCUUUAAACUGAUCGGCGACACACCUAUUGACACGUUCCUGAUGGAGAUGCUUGAGGCGCCACACCAGAUAACAUGACACCAGCCUCCCCUGGCCCCUGUACAUACCCCUUUACUGACAGUGAGAAGAAGAUGCAUAAAAGACUUGAUCUAAACUGUAAAGCAGCAUAUUUUGUACCAUGCAAGACAACUGUAAUUAAACUUGAAUAAAGUAUUAUGAGGAUUGGGUAAGUCAUAAGAGAGGAUCAACUACACUGUCACAGUCUUUUUAACAGAUUGAGUUGUAAAUAGAUAAUGUCAGGUUUCAAAGCAAUCCAAUGCAAUUUGAAAAUAAUAUUUUACUGUAUUAAAUUGUAUAAAAUGGGAACCAUCCUUCCAUUUAUAAACCAUAUCUGUGAAUUCCUACAAAAUAAAGUUAUUUGAAUUGUUAAAA